CACCUAUCCCCUCGUCGGCCUCCUUCCGUCCCGACCCUUUAAAUCCCACGAGCAGCCCUCCCUCCCUCCCACGGCGCCCACACCCGCUAAUCUCCUCCGUGACUCGCCUCGUCUCCUCCGCGAUUCAUCCAUGGCAGCGACGCAUCGGGUCUCCGCCGUGAUCUUCGACCUCGACGGCACCCUCUUGGACACAGAGAGGGCAACAAGGGACGUCUUGAAAGAGUUCUUGGGGACCUACGGGAAGGUCCCAGAUGCGGCCAAGGAGGAGAAGCGGUUGGGGCAGAUGCACAGGGAGUCCACGACCGGGAUCAUCGCAGACUAUGGGUUGCCCAUCACCGUCGAGGAGUAUUCAGAGGCAAUAUACCCGCUGUAUAUCAAAAGGUGGCAAAGGGCAAGCCCACUUCCAGGGGUUAACAGGCUUCUCAAGCACCUCUACAAGAACAGAGUACCCCUGGCACUCGCUUCAAAUUCCAUCAGGAGAAAUAUCGAUCACAAAAUUUUGAAACUAGGAGAACUGAAAGACUGCUUUUCGGUGGUUCUUGGUGGUGAUCAGGUCCCUCAUGGAAAACCUUGCCCUGACAUAUUUCUGGAGGCCGCAAAGAGGCUUGGUGUAAAUCCGUCGUCAUGUUUGGUCAUAGAAGAUUCUCUUGUUGGAGUUCAGGCUGCCAAGGCUUCUGGGGCGAAGGUAGUUGCUGUUCCAUCACUGCAAAGUCAAAGGCAUUGUUACUCAAUUGCUGAUCUCAUCCUCUAUUCACUGCUAGACUUCCAUCCUGAGUUGUGGGGUCUUCCCCCAUUUGAAGAUCGCAUCCAAGGUGCUUUGGCCAUGGAACCAUUACUCUCAAAUGCUCAGAUAGGUGAUGCGGUUCAAAACAAUACUCAUACACUUAUAGCAGUUUUUGCAACAGGUGAGUGCACCUACGACUCUAUUCCUGAUCAAAUAUCAGGAAUUUUCUUUGGUUGGGCCAAGUCAGAAACUUAUGGAGUCUUUAAAGCGGUGGUCAGCACUGGGUGGGAUCUUUCACCGGGAAAAUUCGAAAGAGUGAUGCACAUAUGCUUUCUUGAUUCUCACAACAAGGCCAAAACAGAGGAUUCCUUGGAGCUUCUGUUAAUUGGCUACAUCCGGAAGCUCCAAAGCUCGGAAAAUAUAUCUCAAGCAAUGAGCAUAACUGACGAAGACCAGGCCACUGCAAGAGAUGCACUAGACCUCCCAGCUUUCUGUGAAUAUGCAAAGACAAGGGGUGCAUUGGACCUCCCAGCCUUACCUGAAUAUGCAGAGCCACGAAACGGACUUCUUCUUGCCUGAUGCCUGGCGUGCCACUACAGGCUAUCUGAUAUUAUUGACAAAAAUUAUGGGUAUCGCUUAUUUCCCUUAUAAAGGCAUGUAGGGAUUGCUGGGAGAGUUGUAAGAGCUGCCGGGAAAGAAGCUUGCACUACAUUCACGAAGGUGGAAUCUCUCGAUAUUCUCAAUUUCUUGGUAUCUUUUGACAGACUCGCAUCAGAAGAUACACUGUAAUAUUUUAUCUAUCAUUGUGUGUGCCUUGUCGUGUGGAUAAAAUGUGUACAGACAAUGAAGUGGGGGGAG